AUGCCAGGGCUGGGCGUUGGGACUGGUCACUCCCAGACACGGGUCGAGGUGCCCACAGGCCGGGUGCAGGGAGCUCUCACCCCACCGCCCAACUUCGUGUCCCCCAGGUACCUGGCCAAGCUGUCAUCGGUGGGGAGCAUCUCCGAGGAGGAAACCUGUGAGAAGCUGAAGGGGCUGAUCCAGAGGCAGGUGCAGAUGUGCAAGCGGAACUGGGAGGUCAUGGACUCGGUGCGCCGCGGCGCCCAGCUGGCCAUCGAGGAGUGCCAGUACCAGUUCCGGAACCGGCGCUGGAACUGCUCCACGCUCGACUCCCUGCCCGUCUUCGGCAAGGUGGUGACGCAAGGGACUCGGGAGGCAGCCUUCGUGUAUGCCAUCUCUUCAGCCGGGGUGGCCUUUGCAGUGACGCGUGCGUGCAGCAGUGGGGAGCUGGAAAAGUGUGGCUGUGACCGUACAGUACAUGGGGUCAGCCCCCAGGGCUUCCAGUGGUCAGGCUGCUCAGACAACAUUGCCUACGGCGUGGCCUUCUCACAGUCGUUCGUGGAUGUGCGGGAGAGAAGCAAGGGGGCCUCGUCCAGCCGGGCCCUCAUGAACCUGCACAACAAUGAGGCCGGCAGGAAGGCCAUCUUGACACACAUGCGGGUGGAGUGCAAGUGCCACGGGGUAUCUGGCUCCUGUGAGGUGAAGACGUGCUGGCGGGCCGUGCCCCCCUUCCGCCAGGUGGGUCAUGCGCUGAAGGAGAAGUUCGACGGAGCCACGGAGGUGGAGCCACGCCGCGUGGGCUCCUCCAGGGCGCUGGUGCCACGCAACGCCCAGUUCAAGCCGCAUACCGACGAGGACCUGGUGUACUUGGAGCCCAGCCCGGACUUCUGUGAGCAGGACAUGCGCAGCGGCGUGCUGGGCACGAGAGGCCGCACCUGCAACAAGACGUCCAAGGCCAUCGACGGCUGCGAGCUGCUGUGCUGCGGCCGCGGCUUCCACACAGCCCAGGUGGAGCUGGCCGAACGCUGCAGUUGCAAGUUCCACUGGUGCUGCUUCGUCAAGUGCCGCCAGUGCCAGCGGCUUGUGGAGCUGCACACGUGCCGAUGACCUCCAGGCCCGGCCACGCGCCCAGCAACCACCCAGUGGCUCCGGGGGAGGCCGGUAAUUUAAACAGUCCUUCACCCACCACCUGCCCUGAAAGAUACUGGUUGUAUUUUUUGUUUUGGUUUGGUUUUUGGGUCCUCAUGUUAUUUAUUGCCGAAACCAGGCAGGCGACCCCGAGGUCACCAACCAGGGUAUGUCUGAAGCCUAGGCCUUUGUGGCUGCCACUGACCAAAGAGCAGCCUCUGGCUGUCACCCUGGGCUGCUGCUGACCACUUCUUGUUAUCCCAAUUUUCUACUUGCAGACUUAAGGUAGGUAACAAGGAGAGUGACAGCCACAAGGUGACUGGCCCUGCCUACUAGGGGAGGGCGGUGGCCCUGAUCAGGGCUGUCACCAUGGGAGUUUUACCACCACCUGCCCACAACCCUCCCCACCCCACACACUCAUACACACACGCUCCCAGCUGCUUGGGCUGCAAAGGGAACUCGCAGAUACCAGGUCUAGGAUGCAGGGCUCAUUUCAGCCCUCACGGGGGCAGUGACAAGAGGUCAGAGCUCUGCGGGUGGGGGGCAGGGGACUUUCCAGGCCCCCUCCCCUCCCCCCGCAGCGGGGCAGGAGGUGAGGGUAAGAGAAGCUACAGUCCCACCCAGAGCCUCCCCACUCCAGGACCUCCUCAAAGUGGGCAUCACCAACCUCGCCCCUCCUGGGAAGAGCUGAUCCCAGUGGGAUUCUACGGCGCCGAGAGCUGCUCUCACAGCACUGCUCCGCCUUGAGACUGAGGAAGGGAGUCAGACUCGCGUGCGCACGCACAGAAGAAAGGCCUGGCACCUUUCUCCCCAGCCAUAUUCCAGCCCCUCCACACACGUACUGGCUGCAAGCUGGGGAUGGGACCAUCUCAUUUGAUGUUCACAGCCAACCUGGGAGGCAGACAGAAGCAGGGCUGCUUGUACCCGUCUUAUAGUUGAGGGGGAAACUUUUGACUAUCCAGGUCACAGUGAGGUAGAUGACAAGGCUAUACCGCAGGAGACCCCCACAUGGCCUCCAGGCCCAGGCCCAGAAGCUGCAGGCUCUUUGGGUCUGAGCUGUGGAGUGGGGGUUCUGGCUGGUGGGUGAGGGCACGGCAGCGGACAGGCCCUGAGGAAUGAGACUUCCCGCUGGAAGACUAGGGAAGUGGGCAACUGAGGUUCAAGGUUCCACGGGAACUGAAGAGCCCCUGAGGGGCAGCACAAGCAGCCUGGGCCUAACCCUGUGUCCCAACCAAACUCUCAGAAGCCUGGCCCAGACUUGUGUGAGCAGAACAUGGGCAGAGCAAGGCCUGGCCCUUGACCCAGCCACUUCCCAGUUGGACUUUCAUCACCAAGGAGCUCGCUAUCCAAGGCUCCUGCUCAGGCCCUAUCCAGUCUGAGGUCUGGAGCGCUGGGUUCCCCGUUAGGGGUUCCCAGACCUCAAGCUCUUGGCUCCAGCAUUCGGUGUCUGGAUUCAAAGUCCCUGGAUCAGAAUAUGGCUCUGGUCUGCAGAAACUCCCCCAGACCUGUGGUCUGUGCCUCCUGGUAUUGGCUCGCUCAUGGAGAGGUCAAAACCCUGGGCUCGCAGCCAAGCUCUCUGUUCAAUGUCCAUCCAGAAAGGAGGCCAGAAGCAAGUGAGAUGCUGCAGCCGAGUGUGGGGUCAUCCUGAGGCAGGCCAGCUCAGAUGGGGAUGAAAGCUGAGCUGUCCAAGUGUCCGGGAGCAGCCUAGCCAGGACCACCGCGGCUCGAACAGGCUCAUUCGGCUGGUUUUCCACCCACAACUCCUCACUUGCAAGAGCCAAACCCAAAGGACGCAUUAGGAGCCUCCCGCCCUACUCCAGAGAACAGGGCCACCACCCUGUCAUCCCAGAGCUGAGAGAGAGGAGUCCAGGCUGGCGUGUAGUGGUGAGCCUGCUGGGGACUGCUCAAAAUGCAUCCUCCUGGGGUUCUGAAGGGCUGAGACCUAGGAGAAUCACACCCAGUUCUGGGAACUUCUGCCCACUGCUAGCCUUUCCACCACUUCCCCAAAGGCAUCGACAGUCCCAGGAAAGUGGCGCUACUUUGAUCACAACCAGCUCCAAACUGCUCCAAUAAAGGAGGCGCAGGCCUGGCAGAGGUUCGUCACUGCCCACUCAUUCCUGGGCCCACAGGGUUCGAGAAGCUGGCCGGAGGGAACCCUGGCCUGUCUGAAGCCCUCUUGCCUAGUCUUGCCCCAAGGUGAAGACUGUGCCCUCUGAGGUGGAGGAUUGGACAGGCCCCAGCUCCUCCGGAUGCUGCUACUCAUCUGCGCCCCCAUCUCGUUGUCCAGUUUUGAUACUAGGCUGCUGCCAUUGUGACCUCCCCGUGACAGUCUGAUGCACGAUAAAAUGAUUAUUUCUUUA